AUGCUAACGACUGUGGGAUUGCUGCUUUCCUUGUCCCUGCCCUCUCUCGCGGCGGCGCCCACCUACAGCGCGACAUACCUGCCGUCGAACCUGCCUGACCAUACAGAGGAAGGCCAAACCGGGACGAAUCGAUGUGGGACGGUGGCAAACCAGACUUCUAUGUGCCAGAAUGCCUACAUGAAUGCAGUGGACGACUGGUGUGUGUGGGCGCCGCCCCAGCCGGGGCCAGGCUCAGGUAUCGGUGAGACAGAGCGCGUUGAGGUUUCGUGGUGUCUGAAGGACGGCUACGGCACACGACUGAUACCAGACGGCGCGGUGACGGGCGCUCAUUGGAUCGUCACGCCCGACUUUGUUCAAGUCACCGGCGCUGUCGAUAUGACCAAGCUGAAUGUCCCUGCAGGCGAUGAAGGAGGCGAGCUGGAUCCCCAUGGCGCAGACGGAAACGGAAACCCUGUCGGCGGAGUUGUCUUCUCGAGCGCAUUCGGCCAGCUUCAGCAAAUCUUCGAGUGGACAAACUUCAUGGACGGCCAGCUGUUCUGCUUCCGGGCCUGCAACCCCAAAGGACCAAAUGCACCAGGCUACUGCCAACACAUCUACGAUGUCAUGGGAUGCCAAUGGAACAUGCCAGGCAACUACGAUGCAGGCUUUACCAGCUGUCAAGCAGAUAGCGGGGAGCCUAUGGGUGUUUACGGGGGCUCUACGUGGCAUCAGGGCGACGGCGCCACCCCUGCCGCGCAUCCAGCCCCAGCAACAAGGGCCUGUACCACCCUGUCUACCGUCGGGAACGGCCAGGCGGUCCAGACUUCCGGUCCUGCCAGCGGUCUGAGCUCUGUGCCUGCGCCCACCGGAGGUCCGAGCGGCAGGUCGACCGGUGUUGCGCCGUCUGGGUCAAAAGCUACCUCAUCAAGUCGCCCCAAUCCGUCAGCAAGCGGCGGGGCCCCCAACUUGGCCGUUCGUGGUGCUGGCCUGGAUUUUACCUUUUUGAGCACCGCGUUUGUUGUGGUCUCUGCCUUUGUCGGCGCGUUGAUGGUGCUGUGA